AUGGUGCAGGGGCUGGAUCCGCGCUUCGUGCGCUUCCCGGACUUGUAUCGACUGUACGACUUCCACAUCGGACCCAAGAACCCUCGAGACCAAGCGCGCGGCUUCAAGGGCGGCAACAUGGUGCUGCUCGUGCAUUCGCCUGACCAAGAGGGCAAGUUCCAGCAAUUGAUGCUCGAGAACGGAGAAGUGGUCAAGCCUGCCGCCGACAAGGGCGACAAACCACCGAUAGUAGACGAGGCUCAAGAAGAAAGCAAGUUGGUUGUCUACAUCGGCAAUGACAAGAUUGUGCUGGACAAGGCCACUCUGCAUUUGCCUAACAACGAUGGCUGGACGCCCCUGCACUCUGCUUGCCACAUGCUCAACGCGCAGGAGGCAGGCAUCGCCAUCCUCAAGGAGCUCGUCGCGCGCAAGGCCGACUUAAACCUGGUGACGCGUCGUGGACCCGGUUCGUUCUCGUGCGGCUGGACGGCACUGCACAUCGCUUGUGCCUACGGACUGGAGGCGCUGGCCAUCAAGCUCAUUCGUGCUGGCGCCAAUGUAAAUACGAUGAACUCAGUAGGAUGGACUCCGCUUUAUGACGCUUGCCAUCGGGGGUACACUACAAUUGCACAGGAGCUGCUGCGUGCCGGUGCCAAGCACGAUGUGAUAUGCCCCGAGUUUGCGUUGUGCCCGUUCCCCGGGCAAUUUCCACUCGCAGAAGCUGCUCGUCAAGGCCAUGGCCCUACUGUUAAAAUGCUGCUAGAGUGGGGAGUCAACAAGAACGCGACGAACAAACUCGGCUGGACGGCGUUACACGAGGCGGCAUAUCAUUCUCGUGUGCCGAUAGUGAAGAUGCUGGUCGUCGAGAUUCGCACCAUGCUGGAAGAUAUCGCGUCACACCUACCGACUGCGCCGUCUCCAUCUCCGCCAAAACCGAGCGAAGCUGCAGCCUCGCCCUCAUCUCCGAAACCUGAGGACAAGCCGACCCCAGCGAAGAAGGCUACGCCUUUGUCGCGCAAGGAAGAGUAUGAGUUAUUGGGAGACUUGCCAAGCCUGAACGCUAUCACCAUUCAAGAUGCCGAUGCGGUUGACGAUGGCGACGACGAAGCUGAAGAGGACACCGACGCCAAGACACCUGCUGCUGACUCACCACCCAAGGAGAAACACAAGAAGAAACAGCGAGACCCCUCCAGGAAGAAGAAAAAGAAGUCGGGAUCACGAGAUACCCCGCCCGAGUUCAAAUGCGCAGUGUCGCUGAAACUGAUGAAAGACCCGAUGCGGUCACCGUACGGACAAGUGUUCGAGCGCCAGGUCAUCGAGGCGUGGUUCCGCGACUUUGGCAAUCGUUGCCCACUAACAGGGGAGCCUCUAACGCUCCUGCAGCUUGUGAGCGACGAAACACUUCGCGAAGAGAUCCGCGAGUGGAAGCACGGCUCGAAGAAGUCUGCCAACCCUGAUGCGGACUUGAAGGGAAAUCCCGAGGGGGCUGCCGCAAAGGAAGAGCUGUCGAUCGCCAGUCCGAGAGGAGACGAGUAUGAUUUCUAA